AUGGAGACGAAAGACAAAUUGAAUAAUGAGGAUCUUGUAGAGUCUCCAACUUCGGUUCUCGAAGAUGAGGAUGUUUGUGUCACCAAAGAUGAAGUUAAAUCGGAGGAAGAAUUUAUUGCCGAUGCUAAAUACGAUGGUCCGUCUCUUGUGUCGAAAACUAUGGCGGAGGAGGAAGAGAAGUUACUUGAAGCUAGGAUUAAGGUAGAGGAGGUGCGGUGCGAGGAGGCACUUGACCUCAACGAGACGCAGUUUAACAAAUUGGAUGAGCUUUUGACUCAGACCAAACUGUACUCUGAAUUUUUGCUGGAGAAAAUGGAUGACAUCGCACUUACUGUGGGUGAACAAGAGAAAGUGGAGGAGCUAGAGGGCAAUCCUUCGGCAAAGAAGGGCCGUGGAUCCAAAAGAAAAGCUGCUUCCCAAUACAAUACUAGGAAGGCCAAAAAAGCAGUUGCUGCCAUGCUGACAAGAUCUAAAGAAGGGGAUGGGAUUGUAGAUAUGAAAAUGACAGAGGAAGAAAGAGUUAAGAAGGAACAGGACGAGCUCAUGCCUUUACUGACAGGUGGACAUUUGAAGCCUUAUCAACUGAAGGGUGUAAAGUGGUUGAUUUCCUUGUGGCAAAAUGGUCUGAAUGGGAUUCUUGCUGAUCAAAUGGGUCUUGGGAAGACAAUCCAAACGAUUGGAUUUCUCUCACAUCUUAAAGCGAAAGGUCUGGAUGGGCCAUACAUGAUAAUUGCUCCUCUAUCAACCCUCUCAAACUGGGUGAAUGAGAUUUCUAGGUUUGCACCAUCGCUUCCUGCCAUUAUCUACCAUGGUGACAAGAAGCAGAGAGAUGAGAUCCGAAGGAAACAUAUGCCUACUAAAACAAUUGGCCCAAAAUUUCCCAUAGUCAUAACUUCUUACGAGAUUGCAUUAAAUGACGCUAGGAAAUGUUUCAGGCCAUACAAUUGGAAAUAUAUUGUUGUUGAUGAGGGACACAGGCUCAAAAACUCAAAAUGCAAAUUAGUGAAGGAAUUGAAAUGCAUAAAUAUUGAAAACAAGCUUCUUCUAACUGGAACACCUCUUCAGAAUAACCUGGCCGAACUAUGGUCUCUAUUGAACUUCAUUUUGCCUGAUAUCUUCGCAUCCCUUGAAGAAUUUGAGUCAUGGUUUAAUCUGUCAGCGAAGUGCAAUAAUGGAGCAACCAAGGAAGAACUGGAAGAGAAACGAAGAGCCCAAGUAGUAGCAAAGCUUCAUGCUAUUCUUCGACCCUUCCUUCUGCGUAGGAUGAAGUCUGAUGUUGAGAUUAUGUUGCCACAGAAAAAGGAGAUUAUUAUUUAUGCAAACAUGACUGAGCAUCAGAAGAAUUUGCAAGAUCAUUUAGUUAAUAAGACGUUGGGAAACUAUUUAAAAGAAAAGAUGUCCAGUGGACGCUCUAUUCCUGCAAAUUUGAUUCGUAAUUUGGUUAUUCAGCUUAGGAAGGUGUGUAACCAUCCUGAUCUUCUAGAUUCAGCCUGUGAUGAUACAUCUCUGUAUCCUCCAUUAAAUGAGAUGGUUGAACAGUGUGGAAAAUUCCAUUUGCUUGAUCGAUUGCUGGAACGUUUAUUUGCGAGGAAUCACAAAGUUCUUGUCUUCAGUCAGUUUACUAAAGUGUUAGACAUAAUGGAUUAUUAUUUUUCUGAAAAAGGCUUUGAAGUUUGCCGGAUUGAUGGUUCUGUGAGACUGGAUGAGAGGAAACGUCAGAUCCACGAAUUCAAUGAUGCCAAUAGCAAUUGCAGAGUCUUUCUUCUUUCUACUCGGGCUGGGGGAUUGGGAAUCAACCUCACCGCAGCUGAUACUUGCAUUCUUUAUGACAGUGACUGGAAUCCUCAGAUGGAUUUACAAGCCAUGGAUAGGUGUCAUAGAAUCGGUCAAACAAAACCUGUUCAUGUCUACAGGCUCUCAACUGCUCAAUCCAUAGAGGAUCACAUGUUGAAAAGAGCUUUCAGCAAAUUGAAACUUGAGCAUUUAGUGAUUGGUAAAGGACAGUUUCAUCAAGAACGCACAAAAACUGUCAGUACGGAUGAAUUGGUGGAGGAAGAUGUUUUGGCAUUGCUUCGUGACGAAGAAACAGCCGAAGAUAAAAUGAUACGUACAGGAAUUAGUGAUGAAGACCUGGAGAAGCUCUUGGAUCGCAGUGAUCUUAUUGUCAACAACGCAGAUGGAAACUUGAAAGCUCCAUGUAGUACGUUUCCUCUUCAAGGACCAGGGUGGGAAGUGGUGAUUCCAAACACGAGUGGCGGCAUGCUCUCUACUCUGAACAGCUAG